AUGAAGGUGCUCCCUGCCUGUGGCCUCGCCGUCCUCCUCAUCACAGCUCUGAAGUUGUCCACUGCAGCCCCCUCCCUAUUUGCAGCUACCCCCAGGACCUGGAGGAACGACUACCACCUUGCACAGGCUUAUCUUGACAAGUAUUACACAAAAAAAGGAAGUUACCAGGUUGGUGAGAUGGUUGCAAGAGGCGGUAACUCCACAGUGAAGAAAAUUAAGGAGCUACAAGCCUUCUUUGGCCUCCAAGUCACCGGGAAGUUGGACCGAAACACAAUGGAUGUGAUCAAGAAACCACGCUGCGGAGUUCCUGAUGUGGCCAACUAUCGCCUCUUCCCAGGUGAACCCAAAUGGAAAAAGAACACUCUGACAUACAGAGUAUCCAAGUACACCUCGUCCAUGAGCCCUGUGGAGGUGGACAGAGCAGUAGAGAUGGCCUUGCAGGCCUGGAGUAGUGCUGUCCCGCUGAGCUUUGUGAGAACAAACUCUGGAGAAGCGGAUAUCAUGAUAUCUUUUGAAACUGGAGAUCACGGAGAUUCCUAUCCAUUUGAUGGGCCUCGGGGGACCCUCGCCCACGCAUUUGCCCCAGGAGAAGGCUUGGGAGGAGACACGCAUUUCGACAAUGCUGAGAAGUGGACUUUGGGGACGAAUGGUUUCAAUUUAUUUACCGUUGCUGCUCAUGAAUUUGGCCAUGCCCUAGGCCUGGCACAUUCCACAGACCCAACAGCACUGAUGUACCCAACUUACAAGUACCAGAAUCCAUACGGAUUUCGCCUCCCCAAGGAUGACGUAGGGAUCCAGGCAUUGUAUGGACCUCGGAAACCAUUCCUGGGCAAACCCACUGCGCCCCACAGUCCCCCACACAAGCCAUCCAUCCCUGAUCUCUGUGAUUCCAGCUCAUCCUUUGAUGCCGUGACAAUGCUGGGAAAGGAGCUUCUGUUCUUCAAGGACCGGAUUUUCUGGCGACGGCAGGUUCACUUGCAGGCAGGGAUCCGGCCCAGCACCAUCACCAGCUCCUUCCCCCAGCUCAUGUCCAAUGUGGAUGCAGCCUAUGAAGUGGCCGAGAGAGGCAUCGCUUUCUUCUUCAAAGGGCCCCACUAUUGGAUAACACGAGGAUUCCAAAUGCAAGGUCCUCCUCGAACAAUUUAUGAUUUUGGGUUCCCAAGGCAUGUUCUGCGAAUAGAUGCUGCCGUCUACCUCAAGAAACCGCAGAAGACCCUGUUCUUUGUAGGAGAUGAAUACUACAGCUAUGAUGAACGCAAAAGGAAAAUGGAAAAAGAUUACCCAAAAAACACUGAAGAAGAGUUUUCAGGAGUAAGUGGCCAAAUCGAUGCAGCUGUGGAAUUGAAUGGCUAUAUCUACUUCUUUUCAGGGCCCAAAGCGUUCAAGUACGAUAUGGAGCAGGAAGAUGUGGUUAGUGUGGUGAAGUCUAGUUCCUGGAUUGGUUGCUGA